AAGAAACACCGUCCUAGUGAUCUAGAGCAUUAAUAACGCAGUUUAUGUUGCAGUUUUAUGCGCCCUGGUGAGAUCAGGCGCACAACAGAAGGUAACCGCACAUGGGCGAACACUUUGUCUGUGUGAGUCAGUGACCGAGACAUAACUGUGAAAAAGUUAAAAAGAAUAACGGGAACCUGCAAUGUCUAAUUCCGCCCCCUGCCAGGGGAACUCCCGGAGGUCUUCUGGGCUGGCACGUGGAAACAGACCACCGGAUUUGGAGCUGUCGGAAACCACAUUUAGCGCGCCUGAUCCAGGGACACCUGUGGGCAACGACACGUUUUCAGAAAGAGACAAAAUGCCAGGGGAUGGUAACACUCCGACAGUCAUGCCAACUGUUCACUUCCACCCGUACUUAUCCCAUCCCCGGAUGUCUGUGCGGAUGUCGGUGUACAGCAUCGGGGUCCGUCCAGUCCUCACCCGCGCCUACAUCCAAGGACGCGUGUAUAACUUUCUGGAAAGGCCGUCUGGCUGGAAAUGCUUCGUGUAUCACUUCACAGUGUUUCUCAUAGUUCUGGCCUGUCUCAUCCUCAGCGUUCUGUCCACCAUCGACCAGUACCAGGCCCUGGCUCACACAACACUCUUCUGGGUGGAGAUCGUCCUUGUGGUGUUCUUCGGUGUGGAAUAUUUUGUCCGCCUCUGGUCAGCAGGCUGCCGCAGUAAAUAUGUUGGCAUCUGUGGCCGACUACGCUUUGCCAGGAAGCCAAUAUCUAUUAUAGAUCUGAUUGUAGUUGUUGCCUCAAUAGUUGUGCUAUCAGUGGGCUCCAAAGGUCAAGUCUUUGCCACCUCUGCUGUAAGAGGGAUUCGCUUCCUGCAGAUCCUGCGAAUGCUCCACGUGGAUCGACAGGGAGGAACCUGGCGUCUUCUCGGCUCUGUCGUCUUCAUCCAUCGGCAGGAGCUGAUCACUACGUUAUACAUUGGCUUUCUGAGCCUGAUCUUCUCCUCGUACUUUGUCUACCUGGCAGAGAAAGAUGCAGUCGACAGCAGUGGCUCCAAUGAGUUUGGAAACUACGCUGAUGCCCUGUGGUGGGGAGUGGUGACCGUGACCACCAUUGGAUAUGGAGACAAAGUACCACAAACCUGGAUUGGAAAGACCAUUGCGUCCUGUUUCUCAGUUUUUGCCAUUUCCUUCUUUGCUCUGCCUGCAGGAAUCUUAGGCUCAGGCUUCGCCCUGAAGGUGCAGCAGAAGCAAAGACAAAAACACUUCAACAGACAGAUCCCCGCAGCUGCCUGUCUCAUUCAGACAUCGUGGAGAUGUUUUGCAGUGGAGAACUUUGAUUCUGCCACAUUCAAGAUGUUUUUGAGAAAGAAAUCCAACAUGCCCGCCUCCUCUCUGUCCACCCCCAAGCCCAAGAAAUCGGUGAAGAUAAGGAGGAAGCCGAAGAGCACUGACAAGGACAACGGUCCAACUUCUCCCACAAUUCCCAGCAUCACCUUCGACUCUGUGUUUGACAGUGGGAGGGAGCUGAGUUCAGAUGUUUACAGCACUGUGGGCACAGAGUGCCAGCAGUCCUGGACGUCUUUGUCUUCACUUCAGUUCAGCUCACCGCCUCCAGUGAAAAGAAACCCUGGCCUUUUGGAUGUCCAAACCCCGAGCCCCAUCCGGAGGAACUGUAGCUUUGCAGACGACCUGGACCUGGAGUCAGAGCGAGACAGCGGGCUGGCUCCUGUCACCUCAGUGUUACAAUUGACUGAGUCACACCGAAAAGCCAUACGGGUGAUCCAGAGAAUGCGUUAUUUUGUGGCCAAGAGAAAUUUUCAGCAAGCUCGUAAGCCUUAUGAUGUGCGGGACGUGAUUGAGCAAUACUCGCAGGGUCACCUCAACCUAAUGGUGCGAAUUAAGGAGCUGCAGAGAAGACUGGACCAGUCUUUAGGGAAGACAGCUUUGUUCCAGUCAGGGUCUGACCGAGCUAAAGACAAAGGCACAAACUCUAUCGGAUCCAGACUCAACAGGAUGGAGGACAAGAUAACACACAUGGACCAGACGCUAAACCGCAUCGCAGAGUCCCUCACCUUCCUGCUGGACCAAAGAGACGCCGGUGAGGGUGAUGGCGGAGGCAGGCUGAGACCACGGCUUGGAAGGACCUGUAAUGUCCUCCCCAGCCAGGACAGUCUGCCAAGCUACGACCAGCUGUCUUCAUCACCUUCAUCCUUCUCAUCCAACGUCGCCAGCGCCGCAGCCAUCCCCAACCAUCCCCUCAGCAGCACCGCCAGUCAGGAUGAGAGCUGCUGAAACCUGGAACCAAACUGCCUCAAAGUUGUUGUUUUUUUUUCUUUUUGUAUAAUUCAUAAAAUGUAUUCAGAUCAAGUGCCAUUUUUACUCUGCAUAUCUAUUCAUCUGCUCAUUUGCCUGCCUGGCCGCCGGUCAAAUUUCAGUUAAAAGAUAGUCUGUUAGACCUAAUUCAGACACUUUACUGAAUUUAUUACUGUAUUACAAAAUCAUAUUAUAACGUAGCCUAUAAGCUCUGUGAAAACUGCUUUUUUAAAUUCACUGUAACUAUAAAAAUAGAGCUAAAAUAAAAAUAGAGCUUAAUAGAGCUGGACUAUCCGUAAACCUGUUGAAAGAUACCCUUUUGGUGUCAGAACAACACAGUUUCAGAUCAGCAGAGCGAACUCAUGGCGCUCUGUCUGGAGAGAUGGAGCAGCAGAGCGCCAAGCAGAGUGAAUGUGUGAUUAUCUGAGCCGAUCGUUAAAUCAUGAAGCAACAGAACCUUCCGUUUCUGUGAACAACAGGACUAAUCCCAUUACUAAGUUUAGCUAAUCACGGGAAUUCUACUAACCUUAUGAGAGAGAAUAGUUAGUAUGUAUUUACCCUUUGACACCUGGCUAAAUUGGCUGGAUUUCUUUUAAAAACAUGGGAAGAAGGCAAUGAGCAAUGAAAAGAGAAAUUAGUCCCAAAAAAUAACAAGAAAUUAGUGAAAAGAGAAAAUUAAAAACAAGCAGCAGCAGCAGCAGUGACCCACCAUCCAACACUGGGGCGGCCAUGGUUGAAGGGAAAGUGGGUCGUCAACCCCCGGCUCCUCCAGCCUGCUUGUUGAAGUAUCCUUGGGCAAGACAUUGAACCCCAAAUUGUUCCCGAUGGCUGUUCCAUCUGUGUGUGAGUGCGAGUGAAUGGUCACUGAGUACCAGGUGGCACCUUGUAUGGUAGCCUCAGCCUCCAGUGUGUGAAUGGGUGAAUGUGACAUGUAGUGUUGAACCGCUUUGAGUGUCAGAAGACCAGAAAAGCACUAUACAAGUGCAGUCCAUUUACCAUUCACCAUUCACACAGCAGCACCUGCUGCAGCAAGCGAACACGCCGUCUGCGGUCACUUCCCUACAAGCCGAUUGGCUGUAGAAACAAGUGACAUGCUUGUCGCCAACGAUUUGACCAGUAGAGUUGCAGGUGAGAUCAUCAGGUGGCUUCAGUCGAGCUCUGACCGGCCAGUUCACACCGCUGCAACGUUUCUCUAAAACAGUUUCCAUCGUCGCAAAUCUUUGGUCUGAACUGGGCUUCACAGUCAAACGUUGGGACAGUUACUGAAGUCUUUUAGGCUAGUUACGUUAGCUUUAGCACAAGUUUAGCUGGGGAGACUAAUCUAAAAUAAUGAAGAAUGUACACCUGUUUUAUAUAACUUCCCUGCCUCUGUCAUUACUCUCUAGCAGCUGAGACGUCUCAUCAGAUCCAUGUGUGAAAGAGAAAUAAUAUUAUCAACAUUUCAAUGGUGAUUUUUCAGCAUUAGUUUUUGCAAAGUCUCUGAAAGGAUCAGUUGUCUUUUAUUUAUUACUUGAAAUCUCUUCAGGUUAUUGCCAAAGAUAUUGCCACAGCCACGGCAUCAUACUGUGAUUCACUAAGCUGUAUUCUUAAAUCCAUUUCUAACAGGACAACACAUUGAAAUGUUUCCGUUUAAUCAAAUGGUGUUUUCGCUGUUUUAAUUUUAUCUCACUCUCUUGUUUGUAAUGUUUAGAAAUAUUCUGCUGUAGCAAUAAAAGAUAGUGGUAAUUACUACCAAGUGUCUACUAUGUGUUGUGUCUGGUGCCUUACGGGGAA